AUAAUCCAUAAAUGGUACAACCUUCUUGGCAUCUCGCAUCUGCAUAUACUGCAGUGAGUGUACCUUCCAUCUUCAACAUUCACUCACUCUUCUUCAUUAUUCCAACUAGCUAGUAGUACUAGUACCUACCCACUAACUAGAACUGCUUCAAUUCCUUCCAAUUAGCAUAAUCACCAUGUAUAAUGCACACUACUCUAACAUUCCAUUAUCAUCACCCUUCCAUGAACUCACCGAGUUCGACACUCUCUCCCAACUCAACAACAACUACAACAAUAACUGUUGCAGCAGUGGUUACAGCAGCAGCUACGGUGGUUCUCCCACCUCUGAGGCUCAGGCAAGCCCCACCUUGAUGCAGAGGAGCGUUAGCAGUCACUCCCUCCACACCAACACCAAAAGUAACAAUAAUGGGACCUGCCACCACCCUUUUUCUGCUUUCUUUGCUGAGUUGCUAGACUCCGAUCAGGACACUCCGGCGGUCAGGAGAGUUUACAGUGCCGGUGAUCUGCAGAGAAUUAAUGGAAUGCAACACGGUCAAAGUCAUCAUCAUCACUCGGACAGUCCAUUAUCAAGUGAAAGCAGCAUGAUCAUAGAAGGGAUGAACAGAGUUUGUCGAUACAGCCCAGAGGAGAAGAAAAUGAGAAUUGAGAGAUACAGAAACAAGAGGAACCAGAGGAACUUCAACAAGAAAAUUAAGUAUGCUUGCAGGAAGACAUUGGCAGACAGUAGGCCACGUGUCAGAGGACGGUUUGCGAGGAAUGAUGAAACUGACCAGAAACCUACAGUUCAGUGGAGCCACAUUGGUGCUGCAGAGGAAGAGGAUGAGGAAGAUGAGAGUUGGGUCAGCAUCUUUGAUUCCAUAGUUGCUGCAGCAAAUCUAACUCAGGAAUCUCAAGCCAGUUCCUCCUUUGGUCUAUUGUAUUAGCACAAUUGCAUCUUAAUUUCAUAAGAGCGUGUCUGGAAAUGCUUCUGUAAUUCACUUAAAAGCCAAAUCACGUCCGAUGAGAAGCUUUUGAAUUUCAGAAUUAAUUCUGAUUAAGAAGAGGAGUUCAUCCAAAAAUGAUAUAAUUAAGUUUAGCUAGUCUAUUUUUUGUGUUUGCUUUCCUUGUCAAAGUAAUGUGAUGCACUUUAGUUUAGAUAAAAGUAGUAAUGUAAAUAUAUUUAUUUGAGUCAUGUCAAUGUGACCAUGUGCAAUUUUUAGACUUUUAAACCUAGGGUGAUGUUUUUGGGUGCCCUUUAUCUUCUUUGUAUAUGGCUUAGCUGCAGCAAUAUAUUAUUGGAUCAGAA